GGCGAGCGUGGCAAACGAGGUAUGGAGAGGACUGAGAGGAUCCAAAGGCCCGUGGUGGGCUCCGCAGACUCCUACACCAGCCGGCCAUCGGACUCGGACGUGUCCCUGGAGGAGGACCCCGAGGCUCUGAGGAAGGAGGCGGACAGACAGGCUCUUGCCACGCUUGAGAAAGCAAAGACCAAACCAGUGGCGUUUGCUGUGCGCACGAAUGUCGGCUACAACCCAGGUCCCAGUGAUGACGUUCCGGUGCAGGGCAUGGCCAUUUCCUUUGAAGCCAAAGACUUCCUGCACAUUAAAGAGAAGUACAACAACGACUGGUGGAUCGGGCGUCUCGUGAAGGAGGGCUGCGAGGUGGGCUUCAUCCCCAGCCCCGUCAAACUGGAGAACACCCGUCAGCUGCAGGAGCAGCGGAUGAGACAGAACCGGCUCAGCUCCAGUAAAUCUGGAGGAAGUUCAAGUCUGGAUGUUGCCACGGGAACCCGCCGGCCCACCCCACCAGGAACAGCUCACGUGGACAUGUCCACAGGGGGGUUUGACGCUGAAACCCUUGACCUGGAUGCUGAGGAGCCCCCUGAGUCCCAGGGUGACCCUCGCUCCCCCAAGGCCAUGUCAGGCAGUGUAAUAUCCCCCCAGGCCAACGCCCACCGGCUGCCCUUCUUUAAGAAGAUGGAGCACGUUCCUCCUUACGACGUGGUUCCCUCCAUGAGACCCAUCAUCCUGGUCGGACCCUCGCUCAAAGGCUACGAGGUCACAGACAUGAUGCAGAAAGCGCUCUUUGACUUUCUGAAACAUAAGUUUGAGGGCAGGAUUUCCAUCACACGCGUGACGGCCGACAUCUCUCUGGCCAAGCGCUCGGUCCUCAACAACCCCAGCAAACACACCAUCAUCGAGCGCUCCAGCACGCGCUCCAGCCUGGCUGAGGUGCAGAGUGAGAUCGAGCGCAUCUUCGAGCUGGCCCGCACCCUCCAGCUCGUCGCGUUGGACGCAGACACCAUCAACCACCCCUCCCAGCUGGCCAAGACCUCCCUGGCCCCCAUCAUUGUCUACAUCAAAAUAGCCUCGCCUAAGGUUCUCCAGAGGCUCAUUAAAUCCAGAGGGAAGUCCCAGGCGAAGCAUCUAAACGUGCAGAUGGUUGCAGCGGACAAGCUGGCCCAGUGUCCCCCUGAACUGUUUGACAUCAUCCUGGAUGAGAACCAGCUGGAGGACGCGUGUGAACACCUGGCUGACUACCUGGAGGCCUACUGGAAGGCAACGCACCCGCCGAGCAGCAACCCCCCCAACCCUUUGCUGAACCGCACCAUGGCCACGGCAGCCCUGGCCGCCUCCCCCGAGCCCGUCUCCAACCUGCAGGGUCCGUACCUGGUGCACGGUGAGCAGAAGCGGGACGGGGUUCUGACUGAGUGCGGCGGGAGCAGCGCCCUGCACGACUAUCAGACCGACCUGGGCGGAAAGCCUCAGCAGCAGCACCAGCAGCAGACGUACCUGCGCUCGUCCCGCGGUCAGCUGCGAGGCGGCAGCGGGAGAGGCCUGUCUCGGCAGGACACCUUCGACUCGGAGACCCAGGGCAGCCGGGACUCGGCCUACACCGAGGCCGGGGACUCCUGCAUGGACAUCGAGACCGACCCGUACGAAGAGCCCGAGCCGUACCGAGGGGGCGGAGGCAGCCGCCUCCACCAGGCGCAGCAUCACGGCCGACAAGCCUCCUGGGAGGACGAGGGCGCUGAGCCGGAUCAGGAAAACCUGAACCACCCCUCCAUGCCGAGCCAGACGCAGCCGCACGGACGGGCCAAGCUGAGGGAGCGUUACUGCCAGGACCCUGUGGACACAGGGUCCAACAUGGGCCGUAACAAGAACCAGGACGACUGGGGGAAGGACGUGUACAUCCACUGAAGGCACCGAGAAGCUGCAGACCGAGGACAGAGAGAUGUUGGUGAACAAAUGGAGCUGAAGUGCGGGUUUGGGUCUUUGCCUGUCAAGCUAACAAAACCAUGUUUACAUCCCGGUACAAUGUAAAGAUUACACAUCCACUGCCAGAGCUCAUCAAGAACUUGCAAAUCAAUUUAUUUAUGUUUUAGAGAAAUCAAUUAAAUGUUAUGUUAAUACUGCAUGAAUAUCAUGGGUUUUAUUACCGACAGCACAAAGACAGAAA